AGUUUUGGGUCUAAGAGCAGAGCAGCAGCAGCAGCAGCAGCACACAGCAGCGACAAACAUGGCAGUUAACGCUCAGCUGGUGGCCGUGUGUGCCAUGGCCGCCCUCCUUCACUGCGCCACGUCGGCCCCUGCCUACAACCACGGUGGCGCCUUCUUCAACAACGGCGCCUACAACAACGGCGCCUACAACAACGGCGCCUACAACAAUGGUGCCUACAACAACGGCGCCUACAACCCGGCCUUCGACGGGGGAUUCAACACGCCAGCGCAGUACAACUUCGACUACCGGGUGGCUGAGCCUCGCACGGGGGACUACAAGAACCACCAGGAGAGCCGCAACGGGGACGCGGUGCGCGGCAGCUACUCCGUGGCCGAGCCCGACGGCUCGCUGCUCACGGUGCGCUACGCGGCGGACGACGCGCACGGCUACACGGCCCAGGUGACCCGCUCAGGCGCCGGCGGCACCGUCGUCCAGAACUUCCCCGGCGCCGCACCGCUGCCCGUGGGCGCUGUUAACAGCGGCGGCUACGUGGCCCCCGCCGUCGUGGCCCCUGUGGCCGCCGCCGUGGCCGCCGCGCCGCACGGUGGUGCCCACGGUGGUGCCUACGGCGCUGGGCUCGGCGGCUUCCCUGCUGGCUUUGGAGGCUACAAUGGAGGCUACAACGGAGGCUACAAUGGAGGCUACAACGGGGGCUACAACGGGGGCUACCAAGGAGGCUUCGGCACCAGCUCCACUUCGUUCCACGGGCCGCAUGCCGCCUACUCGUACACCAACUGAUUACUCCUGCUGCUAGGUGUCUGCUGUCUAAUAAAAAACAGA